AUGCACCACACGAGUUCUACUGGGGUCUCCGUAGUGGACAUCUUCUUCCCUGGCUUUACCGGCGCCAUGGCGGCGCUGAACCAGCUUCUCAACGGCACGCUGGACAACUUUGCCACAAUGUUGUGCGUCUGUGGAAUGCUCAUCGUUGGUGGCAAGUUCAUUUGCAACACCGUGGGAGGCUUCGUAGAUACUUACUUAAGAUACGAUAUGCUCGAAUGCUGGGUCUCUUCCCAAGACUUUGCCAAAGACGCUCGUUCAUCCCUUGUCAGCGUCGACGGCAGGCGAGGACGGGCUAUGUACUAUCCAGACUACAACACUACGACUAAGAAGCCCCUUCGAUUUACCCCGUGGAGAAAGCAAUUGUAUUUUUGUGGUUCCUCGCAAAUUCUACGAGAUCUCAUGGGCGAAUGCCGCCUUAAAUACCUAAAAAUCUCACAAGACAAAACUUCAAUAUUCGAACAUUAUAAUAAUAGCUGGAAAAGAACUAUGACCCAAGAAAUCAGGCUAAUCAAAACCGUUAUUAUAAAGGAGGAGUUCAAUCGCGGGCUACUAUACCGAAGAGGUUACCUGCUAUACGGUCGCCCGGGGACUGGAAAGUCGAGCUUUAGUAUGUCUAUUGCCGGCUACUUCGGUCUCGAUAUUUAUAUCGUUAAUCUUGCCGACAUUAACAAUAUACAGCUUAGUGCCUUAUUCACCGACCUUCCCCAGCGCUGCGUCGUUCUGCUCGAGGAUGUUGACGCAGUCAGCACUACACGAGCUCGAGAUACUGAUAACGAUGAAUCUGAUCUGGGCUCAGACGUAUCACGUAGCUUAACAAAGUCUCAUAGAUCUCUUUCAUUAUCUGGAUUACUUAAUGUUCUUAAUGGCGUGGCUUCGCAGGACGGUCGUGUCCUUAUUAUAACAACGAACUACAUUAAGCACUUGGACGACGCUCUAAUACGACCUGGCCGCGUCGACAAGAAAAUCGAGUUCGGACUUGCCGAUGCUGAGGUGAUUCGGAAGCUGUUCUGCACUGUUUUCGAGCACUCGGAAAAGGAGAUGCCUGAUGCCGAGACCCGAGACAAGAAUAACGUAGGUGUGCAGCAGCUGGCAGUCAAGUUUGCGAGUGUCGUGCCGGAGUUGCAAUUCAGCCCCGCUGACAUCCUGUCGUUUCUUCUUGCAAACAGAGGCUCGCCAUCGAGCGCCUUGGCCGAUGCGGAAGGGUGGUUGCUCAGAACCAGGAAGGCUGGAACACUCAGGCGAUGUGAUUCUUGGGGUCAAAGUGAGUGA